AUGCCAAUGGGUAUGCUCAUUCAAGACGGUCAGAAUAUCUGGGAAACCGAUCAAUGGGACCAGCUUUCUUGCUGGGUCAACGUCAAAUUCGACCAGGAUGACUACUCGUGGAGCGAUGAACAACUGUUUGAUAUUGUGAUUGGUCGUAUUCGAUCCGGAAAGGCUUCUAUCAGCUCUGAGGCCUUGCACCAUAAGAAGUCAUGCUGUCUUUCGUUGCGAGUCCCUAUGUCUUCCUAUGACACAGGUGAAAGUAUUGCUUUUGCUGCUAUGCAGUUCGCAAAAGGGUACCAGGAGCAAUGCCGCAUUGGGAAGACCCGACUCGAUAGGAUCUAUCUUUUCCGCUGGUUGAAUGAACAGAGGUAA